AACAAAGCAGGUAUUGUUCUGGGGGCAGAGAUGCUAGGAACGCCACCACUGCCACAGGCGAUGCCAGGGGUGGCCUCGCUGGCGUCACUACCAUCACUACUACGGCAGGGCAACUAUAGGGCAGGGUGGUGGUGGUGGUGGUGGCCGUGUCAAUGUUUACAAACAAUGGAGCACGUGGCGGAAGAAGAGGCAGGCAAGGAGGGGCAGGCUGUGUUAUGCUCCACCUAUGAUGACCUGCCCGGCCUGCAGCCCUGGGUGGUGGCGCAACUCAAGCAGCUCAAAAUCCUGCAGCCAACCCCAAUCCAGCAGCACUGCAUCCCGCCGGCACUGGAGGGGCGGGAUAUCAUCGGGGCGGCUAAGACGGGCUCGGGAAAAACUCUGGCCUUUGUGAUCCCAAUCCUGCAGAAGCUGUCUGUUGAUCCUUUCGGCAUUCACACCCUCGUCCUCACACCCACACGUGAGCUGGCGUUUCAGAUUGGUGACCAGUUCCGUGGCGUGGGUGGGCCAGUGUCACUGCGGUUGAGUGUGGUGGUGGGCGGCCUGGACAUCGUGGGGCAGGGCCGGGAGCUGAGCCACGCCCCUCAUGUGGUGGUGGCCACGCCGGGCCGCCUCGCUGACCUCCUGCAGAAUUCCCCUGACUUCACCCUUAAGAGGAUCAAGUUUUUAGUGCUGGACGAAGCGGAUCGUUUGAUGGACGGGAGAUUUGACAAACAACUGCACACCAUCUGGGCCGCACUGCCGGAGAAGAGACAGACACUCUUGUUCUCGGCCACCAUCACCGACAGGCUGCAGCGGAUGAGGGAGUUGGCCACCUCACAGGUGUUUGUGUGGCGGGCAGAGGAGGGGGGGCAGGCCACAGUGAAGGAGCUGGAGGAGCAGUAUGCCCUGGUGAACCCUGUGGUGAAGGACCGCCACACUGGUCACCAUAGUUCUCAAACACACGUACUGAAGAUGAUGCUGGGGGCGCUGGGCAUUGAGAGUCUGGCGCUGCACUCCAUGAUGGGGCAGAAGGACCGGCUGGCUUCCCUUGCUCGCUUCAAGUCGUCACAGGUCAAGAUACUGAUUGCCACCGACCUUGCCAGCCGUGGCCUUGACAUCCCCCUGGUGGGUCUUGUAAUCAACCACGUGGUGCCAAAUCUUCCCAAGACGUACAUACACCGUGUUGGCCGCACUGCAAGGGCUGGCAGGAAGGGCACAGCACUCACCCUCAUCACCCCACACGAAAUUAAAGUCCUACUGGCCAUCGGGGAGACUCGGAGGAAGAUGACAGAGAUGAAGGCAGAUGAGGCUGGCGUGGCGCGAAUCAUGAAGCAGGUCAACGUGACGAGGCGGAUGCAGGAAAUCCGCCUCGACCAAUCAGAUUUCGACGAGAGGCGGAAUAUAAACAAACGAAAACGGAUGAUUUUGGAAGGAAGAGAUCCAGAUGAAGAAGAGAGGAAAAAGAAGAAGAGGAUGAAGAAGACACAACAAGAAGCCAAGAAAGAAAGAGAGAAGGUGCUGGAGGAACUGAUGAAGGAGGGAGAAAAGAAGAAAAAGAUAAAGAUAAAGGAAGUAGAUGUGAAAGGAAACAAGAGCAGUGCAAUAAAGGGAAAGAAGACCGAAGGAAUGAAGAAAAAGAAAAAGGGGAAAAAAAUAUAGCAGAUAAUAUCAAUUGAUGUCUUGUUGUUAUGUGGACGUAUGUAACUGUGAAAAUAAUGAGCCUAUAUGUUGUGUGUGUAUUGGUUUGCACACUCAUACAUACACACAUUUUAUACUCAUGUUGGACCAAAAUUUAGGCAAUCGUUGAAAAUAUAGAGAUUGUUGUGGGCAAUAAAAUAUCUAUGUAUC